CCCAGAAACUACAUGAAUAUGUAAUUGGAUCUUUAUGGCAAUAGUGAUUGCGUAUAACACCCAAGUAAUGAAUAUCACCCGAGGCAAUUUCAAUUAUAGGCUACAGACUAUAUGGUUACUGGAGUCUAUUGGCAAUUCAUACCAUGAAAACAGUGGUGGUUGUAAACUUGGAUCAUGUCACUCAUUCCACGGACGGCCGAGUCACAGGGUUUUCGCUCCACCCUCUGAUUGACAAAUGAAGGUUACUACUUAGUAAGUAACUCACUUCACCUGGUUGUCUAGGUCCGCAGACACUCGUCCCUCCCUGGAAUGAGGUUGACAAUAGUGACGUAACCCCUGCAAAUUAUAGAUUUUUUCCCUGCGACUUUCUCUAGCAGCUUUCUUGGAAGAAGGAAAAGCGCUACAGCCGCUAACGCACAGUCAAGUCGGAGGGGCUAUUGGCUAAUCUCCAACAUUCAAACUGUCAAUCAAGAUGAAAGGGCUAUAUAAAGCCAUAGUAGCGGUAGUUAGACAGUGCUGGAAUAGAACAGUCGGAGCAUAUAGACAGUUGAAGACGCACGCACUGUGUUGGCAUUGGCGCUCCAUGUCAGCUAUUAUCACUGCAUUUUCGUACUGUUCCUAUUAUGACAAAGACGUAUGUGUGUCGUACCUCUGAUAUUAAAACUGGUUUGAUAAUAUUUCUGUCGUAGAGGGGUAGUGGUAUGGAGGAUACUUAAACAUCCAUCUGGCACGAGCCUCGCACUUUGGGAAGGUGCGGAUUGUCUAUGUGGCUACUCCAUUUAUAUUCUGAGCAAAAUGCAUCUUUAUACCUAACAAAGUCGUAAUGGAUUUAAAUAAUUUCGGAAACGCUGUGCUUUUCACGUUCCACAUCAUCUUCUGCAUGGUGAAAGCAUGCUUGGGGUUGUUGCUCCCGAGCAGACGGAAAGACCUUCGCGGAGAGGUGGUAUUGAUCACCGGCGGUGGACGGGGCAUCGGUCGGCAUUUGGGGAGAGAGUUUGCAAAAUAUGGAGCAAAAAAGUUGAUCCUGUGGGGCCGCACUGAGAGGUGUCUGAUGGAGACCUGCGAGGAGAUCUCUCUCACCACCGGAGCCGAGUGCCAUUACUUCCUGUGUGACGUGGCCAAUCGGGAGGAGGUGUACAAGCAGGCCAAGGUGGUCCGAGAGAAGGUGGGCGACGUCACUAUUCUCGUGAAUAACGCAGCAGUGGUUCAUGGGAAGAGUCUGAUGGCCAGUGACGAUGAUGCUCUGAUGAAGACUCAACACAUUAACACGCUGGGCCAGUUCUGGACCACCAAAGCCUUCCUACCCCGCAUGCUAGAGCUUUGCCAUGGCCAUGUGGUGUGUAUCAACUCCAUCCUGUCCCUGUCCUGCAUCCCGGGAGCCAUAGAUUAUUGCACCUCCAAGGCCUCGUCCCUGGCGUUCAUGGAGAGCCUCACCCUCGGCCUGCUGGACUGCCCCGGGGUGGGCUGCACCACCGUGCUCCCCUUCCACACCAACACUGACAUGUUCCAGGGCAUGAGAGUCAGGUUCCCUCAGCUCUUCCCCCCGCUAAAUCCUGAGCUGGUGGCCCAGCGGACAGUGGACGCAGUCCGGACCAACACUCCGUUCAUCUACUUACCUUGGACCAUGCAUGCUCUCGUUAUUCUCAAGAGCUUCCUGCCUCAGGCAGCUCUGGAGGAGAUCCAGCGUUUCUCAGGGUGCUACACCUGCAUGGACACCUUCAAGGGACGUACAUAAGAACGGAGAGGCUACACACGAGUAGUGAGCAUCAGAAGCACAAACAUUGUGGCUUGGCACUAAGAACCGCACAACAGCUUCCUAUCAAAAGAGUGGAAGUAUCUCCAAGACAACAGAGGCCUUAGGAACUAUGGGUACUUGGGGUCACAGUGCCUUGAUGGUGCAAGAAGAGAUUUGCUGUGGAAUCUUGAAUUGAAUAGUGGUGCUUGGGUUGCCAGAUUGGGUGGCCCCAAACUGAUUCUAUGCUGCUUGGAGUUCUUUGGUGUUUCCUCCAAAGCCUUUCAGUUUGGGAUCAUGGACUAAGCACCAGAUGGACUGGUAUUCAGAACUGAUCAAGCCUUACCACUGUGGUUAACUUCCCACUUGUCUUACUAAUGAUACCAUUACUAAUUUGAAAAUGCACAGAGAUUAGGUUGAAUGGAUUGUACUCAGUAUGUUAACAAACAAGUAACUUCUGGUAGUUGCAUUUCAUUUGUGACUUCUUAGAGUUUGUGUAAAGAAAAAAAUGGUGUUAAAUCUGUGUGAACAAUAGUCAUAUUUUGGGGGAUUUACCACUUGACAGUAUUGUGAAUAUGCUCUCUUGUGUGUGUUUGCGCAGAUCCAGUCUUCUCAGAGUUUUUUGUUUUUUUCGUCUGCCAAAGACUCCAGCCUUCUCAUGGUCAACAUUCCUGUGCUGCAGCCCUGCCAAUUGUGAGCUCAUUGUUCGUUUUGUAAGGGUUGUCAUAACACGGUCUCUGCUCCAUAGGAAAGUAUACCGGAGAAGCUCCUUCCAUUUGAAGACCCAUAGAAAUGGUUUCAGGGGGAGGCAACAUUCUCAGAUUCACCAUUCAUCUGACACAAAUGGGAUAACAUUUAUUUGAUCCUAUACUGUGCCUACUGAACACACUUGUUGGUACCCUCUUUAUCUGUCCCUCUCGGCUCUGUCUUUUAAUCUUCUUUAGUAUGGUUAUCAAUCUGGAACACAGACAGCUGGAGAAUCAUACCUGGCCUGGUGGGCUUUAUUGUCCAAUAUCAGUUUUCCCACAUUAUGUUGAACUUCGGGUUAUCUAGGGUUACGGUGGUUAUUAUGGUUAGCAUCUUAAGUAGGCGUAGAUAUUGAACAUUCAAACUUGAUGUAUCUUGAUCAAAGAAUUCCUGAAUGGGAGAAAGUUGAUAACUAACUCACUUGGACACAUUUAGUGCACAAAAGCAAGGAAAGCGCAAUCAUACUACUCUGGUCAAUAAAAUAUAACAGUGAUUAUUUGUUUUAGACCAGAAAUGUUUCAGAAUGGAAUCCUGAAUGUAAUGGUCCAACCAAUGAUGUAUAUACGCCCUGGAUUGCAGAUGCUAUGUAGUAGCCAAUGGGAGGCUUUGAAGCCACCAGUCGGCCAUAUUGGCACUCCCCAGUCGGAGCAGCCCUCCAUAGGAAUGAAUGGAAUUCCACAGUAUUUCAAUUAAAUGUUUCAAGGAUAAAAUAACCUGUAUUUUUUUGUUGUUGCAGUGGGGUCAGUAACAGAACUUUCUAAUAAUUUGACUUUAAGAAAAAUGUUUAAAUAUAUUUUGUUUUAGCUCACAUAAUAUGAAGGUGUUUGUAAUAGAAUGAAUGUGGCAAAAACAAAUGUAGACGUUAAUAAAUCAAUUUCUAUAGCUUCCAAAAUACAAUGGUGGAUGAGUGUCAAGAUGGAAGGGUGCUGGAUUGAAAACAGCACCCCCUGUCAGUCAUCUAGAGUGUGUGUGUAUAUGAGAUUAUAUAUAGGGCUCGAUUCAAUCAGAUCCGCUUUAGCCAUCAUCUGCAUAGCGGGGGUGGAACUGUUAGAGCUGCAAACGAGUGGCUACUGUUAUUUAACGCCUCUGUCCCGAAGCAAGCACCAGCUAAGCUUGAGCUGGCCUCGAGCUAGGCCCAUAUACCAUAUACCAGCUAAUUCUAGGGCUACAAUACCUCCUUUGCCAAUUGGCCUGGACUCCUUUAUUGUCGACACGGAGCCCCGCCGAUCCAUCACGACUGGACUGCCGACAUGAUCGCCCGAUGUGGUCUCAACAGGCUCUUCUGUUACGAUAUCACCGCAGAACCAUCUGCUAGCCCCGGCCCACUAGCUUUUUCUGAACGCUGUGUCCCCUGCUUGCCCAGCGUAGUAGUGACUACUGAACAGCACCCUGACUCACCUAUUGCUGCUCUUUUGACCCUAUGAUCACUCGGCUACACAGCUGAUGCCCCCUGGACUGUUUCAAUAACACGGUACCUCAUUUUGUUUACCUGUCGGCCCCAGCCUCGAACUCAGGUCCUGUAUGUACCUAACUGACCCGCUCUGCCCAUUCAUUGCCAUUUACCCGUUGUUGUGUUAGCUCUCCUGAUCAACACCUGUGAUUGCUUUAUGCCUCUCUCUAAUGUCAAUAUGCCUUGUCUACUGCUGUCUUGGCUAGUUUUUGUUUUAUUUCACUGUAGAGCCCUCAGUCCCGCUCAAAAUGCUUUAGAUAGCUCUUUCGCCCUGUCUCUCACUGUUGCCGCUUGUUACAGACCCCCCUCAUCCCCCAGCUGUGCCCUGGACACCAUAUGUAAAUUAAUUGCCCCCCAUUUAUCUUCAGAGUUUGUACUUUUAGGUGACCUAAACUGGGAUAUGCUUAACACCCCAGCCAUCCUACAAUCUAAGCUAGAUGCCGUCAAUCUCACACAAAUUAUCAUGGAACCUACCCGGUACAACCCCAAAUCCAUAAACACGGGCACCCUCAUAGAUAUCAUCCUGACCAACCUGCCCUCUAAAUACACAUCUGCUGUCUUCAACCAGGAUCUCAGCGAUCACUGCCUCAUUGCAUGGUUCCGCGGUCAAACGACCACCCCUCAUCACUGUCAAAUGCUCCCUAAAACACUCCAGCAAGCAGGCCUUUCUAAUCGACCUGGCCCGGAUAUCCUGGAAGGAUAUUGACCUCAUUCUGUCAGUAGAGGAUGCCUGGUUAUUCUUUAAAAGUGCUUUCCUCACCAUCUUAAAUAAACAUGCCCCAUUCAAAAAAUGUUGAACCAGGAACAGAUAUAGCUCUUAGUUCACUCCAGACCUGACCUCCCUUGACCAGCACAAAAACAUCCUGUGGCGUACUGCAUUAGCAUUGAAUAGCCCCCACGAUAUGCAAAUUUUCAAGGAAGUUAGGAACCAAUAUACACAGGCAGUUAGGAAAGCAAAGGCUAGCUUUUUCAAACAGAAAUUUGCAUCCCGUAGCACAAACUCCAAAAGGUUCUGGGACACUGUAAAGUCCGUGGAGAAUAAGAGCACCUCAUCCCAGCUGCCCACUAAACUGAUGCUAGGAAACACUGUCACCACUGAUAAAUCCAUGAUAAUUGAGAAUUUCAAUAAGCAUUUUUCUACGGCUGGCCAUGCUUUCCACCUGGCUACUCCUACCCCGGGCAACAGCUCUGCACCACCCACAGCAACUUGCCAAAGCCGCCCCCAUUUCUCCUUCACCCAAAUCCAGAUAGCUGAUGUUCUGAAAGAGCGGCAAAAUCUGGAUCCCUACAAAUCAGCUGGGCUAGACAAUCUGGACCCUCUCUUUCUAAAAUUAUUGCAACCCCCAUUACUAGCCUGUUCAACCUCUCUUUCGUAUCGUCUGAGAUUCCCAAAGAUUGGAAAGCUGCUGCGGUCAUCCCCCUCUUCAAAGGGGGAGACACUCUAGACCCAAACUGUUACAGACCUAUAUCUAUCUUACCCUGCCUUUCUAAGGUCUUCGAAAGCCAAGUUAACAAACAGAUCACCGACCAUUUCAAAUCCCACUGUACCUUCUCCACUAUGCAAUCUGGUUUCCGAGCUGGUCAUGGGUGCACCUCAGGCACGCUCAAGGUCCUAAACGAUAUCAUAACCACCAUCGAUAAAAGACAAUACUCUGCAGCCGUAUUCAUCGACCUGGCCAAGGCUUUCGAUUCCGCAUUCUUAUCGGCAGACUCAAUAGCCUUGGUUUCUCAAAUGACUGCCUCAUCUGGUUCACCAACUACUUCUGAGACAGAGUUCAGUGAGUCAAAUUGGAGGGCCUGUUGUCCGGACCUCUGGCAGUCUCUAAGGGGGUGCCACAUGGUUCAAUUAUUAGGCUGACUCUUUUCUCUGAAUACAUCAAUGAUGUCGCUCUUGCUGCUGGUUAUUCUUGGAUCCACCUCUACGCAGACGACACCAUUCUGUAUACAUCUGGCCCUUCUUUGGACACUGUGUUAACUAACCUCCAGAUGAGCUUCAAUGCCAUACAACUUUCCUUCCUUGGCCUCCAACUGCUCUUAAAUGCAAGUAAAAUUAAAUGCAUGCUCUUCAACCGAUCGCUGCCCGCCCGUCUAGCAUCACUACUCUGGACGGUUCUGACUUAGAAUAUGUGGACAACUACAAAUACCUAGGUGUCUGGUUAGACUGUAAACUCUCCUUGCAGACUCUAAUCAAGCAUCUCCAAAAUGAAAUAUAGAAUCGUGCUGCCAAACAUACCCUCGUAAAACUGACUACCCUACCGAUCCUUGACUUCGGCGAUGUAAUUUACAAAAUAGCCUCCAACACUCUACUCAGCAAAUUGGAUGCAGUCUAUCAGUGCCAUUCGUUUUGUCACCAAAACCCCAUAUACUACCCACCACUGCGACCUGCAUGCUCUCGUUGGCUGGCCCUCGCUUCAUAUUUGUCGCCAAGGCCACUGGCUCCAGGUCAUCUAUAAGUCUUUGCUAGGUAAAGCCCUGCCUUAUCUCAGCUCACUGGUCACCAUAGCAGCACCCACCCAUAGCACUCACUCUAGCAGGUAUAUUUCACUGGUCACCCCCAAAGCAAAUUCCUCCUUUGGCUGCCUUUUCUUUCAGUUCUUUGCUGCCAAUGACUGGAACGAAUUGCAAAAAUCACUGAAGCUGGAGACUCAUAUCUCCCUCACUAACUUUAAGCAUCAGCUGUCAGAGCAGCUUACAGAUCAUUGCACCUGUACAUAGCCCAUCCCCAUGUUAUUUAUUUUCUUUGCUCCUUUGCACCCCAGUAUUUCUACUGCACAUUUAUCUUCUGCACAUCGAUCACUCUAGUGUUUAAUUGCUAAAUUGUAAUUAUUUCGCCACUACGGCCUACUUAUUGCCUUACCUUCCUAAAUCUUACCUCAUUUGCACACACUGUAUAUAGACUUUUCUAUUGUGUUAUUGACUGUGCAUUUGUUUAUCUCAUGUGUAACUCUGUUGUUGUUUGUGUCGGACUGCUUUGCUUUAUCUUGGCCAAGUCGCAGUUGUAAAUGAGAACUUGUUCUCAACUGGCCUACCUGGUUUAAUAAAGGUUAAAUCAUUUUUAAUAAAAUUUAAAAAAAAACAAUUGCAAGAGCAGCUGCUUACCAAUUAGACAGCUCCAAAGCACCUCUGACACCACCAAAACAUCCACCAUGCGGGUUAACGCUUGAUCUGAUUGAAUCUUGACCCUAAACUGUCUCUGUGAGUGUGUGUUGGAGAAGACAGCUCACCUCUCAGGGGGUGAGGUCAGAGCAAGGUUAGCCAAACAGCAGAUAGAUUUGAGGCAGUGGUUGGACAAACAGACAACUCCCCCGGUGCUGAACUCUUCACCCUGACGCCUGUACAGGCAGGCAGCUCUGCCUCUGCAUGAGGCAAAUGGUGGUCACACCAGAUACUGACUGGUUUUCUGAUCCACGCCCCUACCUUUUCUUUAAGGUAUCUGUGACCAAGGUAUCUCUAUUCCCAGUCAUGUGAAAUCCAUAG